GACCGGGACCGGGUGACAACUCCGUAUCUGGACGGCGGCAGGAGGAGGAAACGGUGAGAGGCAGGAGCAGACAGCGCCGACAUGGAGCUGGAGAACAUCGUGGCCAACACGGUGCUGCUUAAAGCCCGCGAAGGAGGCGGUGGAAACAGAAAAGGAAAGAGCAAGAAGUGGAAACAAAUGCUGCAGUUCCCCCACAUUAGUCUGUGUGAAGAAUUGCGACAAACCAUAGAGAAGGACUACAGCAGCUUGUGCGAGCGGCAGCCGAUUGGACGUUUUCUGUUCAGACAGUUCUGCGAGACGCGCCCAGAGCUGAGACGCUGUGUCAAGUUUUUAGAUGCUGUGGCAGAAUAUGAGGUGACUCCUGAUGAGAAGAGGCACGAAUGUGGACAGGAACUAGUGGAGAAAUACUUCAACCCAAAGUCUGAGGACCACGUGCCAGAGCUGGAGGAGGGUAUGACCGCUCAGUGUGCCGAGCGGCUGCAGCAGGAAGCCUGCAAAGACCUCUUCAAAGACUGUAACAAAUUGAUCCAUGACUACCUGAGUGUGGCUCCCUUCGCAGACUACCUUGACAGCAUGUACUACAACAGGUUCCUCCAGUGGAAGUGGCUAGAGAGGCAACCAGUUACAAAAAAUACAUUCCGACAGUACAGAGUUUUAGGAAAGGGGGGUUUUGGAGAGGUGUGCGCGUGUCAGGUCCGAGCCACGGGGAAGAUGUACGCCUGUAAGAAGCUGGAGAAGAAGAGGAUAAAGAAGAGGAAAGGAGAAUCCAUGGCCCUCAACGAGAAGCAGAUCCUGGAGAAAGUCAACAGCAGAUUUGUAGUCAGUUUAGCGUAUGCCUACGAAACAAAGGAUGCGCUUUGCCUCGUUUUGACCUUGAUGAAUGGAGGAGAUCUGAAGUUUCACAUCUAUCAUAUGGGAGAGGCGGGGUUUGAGGAGAACAGGGCUGUUUUCUACGCUGCAGAGAUCUGCUGUGGUUUGGAGGACCUGCACCGAGAACACAUUGUCUACAGAGACCUGAAGCCAGAGAACAUCCUGCUCGACGACCACGGUCACAUCAGGAUAUCAGAUCUGGGUCUGGCAGUUCAUGUUCCCGAGGGACAGACCAUCAAAGGACGGGUGGGAACAGUAGGAUACAUGGCUCCAGAGGUGGUGAAAAAUGAGCGCUACACCUUCAGUCCUGACUGGUGGGCGCUGGGCUGCCUGCUGUAUGAAAUGAUCGCGGGCCAGUCGCCCUUCCAGCAGAGGAAAAAGAAGAUUAAAAGAGAAGAGGUAGAGCGACUCGUGACAGAGGUGGAGGAGGAAUACUCCAGCAAAUUCUCCGAGGACGCCAAGAGCCUUUGUAAAAUGCUGCUGGCCAAAGACCCCACAGAGAGAGCGGGCUGCACUGGGGGCGGAGCUUUUGAGGUCAAAGCCCAUUCCAUCUUCCGUUUCAUCAAUUUUAAACGGCUGGAGGCCGGCAUGCUGCAGGCGCCGUUCAUUCCUGAUCCACAGGCAAUAUACUGCAAGGACGUGCUGGACAUUGAGCAGUUCUCCACGGUGAAAGGUGUGGAGCUGGAGCCCAAAGACGAGUCCUUCUACAGCAAAGUGUCCACAGGCAGCGUCUCCAUCCCCUUCCAGAAUGAGAUGAUUGAAACGGAGUGUUUUUUCGAGCUGAAUGUUUUCCACCAGGAUGGGGUGGUUCCUCCGGACCUGGACUGGAGAGGGCAGCCGUCUCCUCCACCCAAACAGGGACUCCUGAAGCGGCUGUUUGGCAGACAGGACUGCUGUGGUAACUGCAGUGAUAGUGAGGAGGAGCCAACCAGACUGUGACACACACGAACAGAACUUGUUUACAGCUUUUGCACGUGUGUUUGGAUCAUAAGACUAUUUGUGAAUGUAAAACUUCAGCUGCUGAGUUGAAUGUUAUUUAAAAGGCACAUCGAGUGUGAGUGGACAUGUUCCGUCGUGCACGUGCCAUGGACACAUGAUGGACGCACCA